CCCAGCAUAGCGACACACAAAUAUAUGGAAACACGCAGAAAUACUGAAAGUUAACCACAGCAAAUGAGAGUCAUCUUUACACAGUAGCUAGAUUGAAAAAAAAAAAAAAUGCUGAAUUUUCAGUAACGAUAAGCACACAUCAUUCAGUUCCUCUCUUUAGUCCAGGGAAACACAUUGCAAACAAUGCUCCUGGAACUCGACCACUCUGUGUGAUUUCAGAAUUCUAGAAUUUUGAGGACAGAUACAUUUAUAAGGAUCACAUCUUACUCCCAAGCUGAAGGUGCAUGCAUUGGGAUGAACUGCCUGCAGCAGCACGGUGAGGACUUAAGUCAUGGACUGCUGCUAACAUAGGAUAACUGGAUGUGUCACCCACCACAUGCAUGCAAAGGGGGGACUCUGCUAUUAUCCAUGGGUGACCACUGACAGCUGAAAUCUUCAUCUCUCACUUAGGUUUUUAGGAUUUCGCUUCUUCAAAGUAGGGAUUACGGAUCUCCAUGCUUUGUUGCUUUAUCCACUGGUGGAGGAGACAGUUGAGAAGCAGCAACAUCUGACCACAAGACAGAGAGGCAUCAUCGGUUAAGUCUCUCUUUCCCUGCUUUCCUUUUCAGAUUUUCUUUAGCAAAGCCUUGGCAGUCAUCUCAGCUCUAGAUGCAAGGGAUUCAUGUUUGUAUCUCCAGCCUGCAUAACUGCUAGAGCUGCCGAGCCCUGGAUAAACACAUAUGGGAGACAGAGGACCGUAUGGCGUGCUACUACCUUGUUAUCAGCUCUACUCAUCUAAGCAAUGGGCACUUCCGUAGCAUUAAAGGAGUUUUCAGGGGCCCUCUCCGUAAGACUGGCACCACCUUACCGGGCUAUGCCGAAAAGGGAAAAAGCAUAGCAAAUGCUCUGGAGGAUCUGAAAGCUAAUUUCUAUUGUGAAUUAUGUGACAAACAGUAUCACAAACACCAGGAAUUUGACAACCACAUCAAUUCUUAUGACCAUGCACAUAAACAGAGACUCAAAGAAUUAAAACAAAGGGAAUUUGCUCGGAAUGUUGCUUCAAAGUCCUGGAAAGAUGAAAAGAAACAAGAGAAAGCACUUAAACGUCUACAUCAACUUGCAGAACUACGCAAGCAACCAGAUUGUGUGUCGGAUGACUGUCCAAUAUACAAAACACCAAGGUUAAGUGGCCCACAACAAACGUUUUUCAAAAGCAAAGAUGACAGAAUUGCAAAUUCCAGAUGUACAGUUUUGUGCAAAGGAGAUUCUGUCACCAGCAGCAAUAUUACAGAAGAAAAACAAGACAUUUUAUUUGGCAGAGAUGUACUAAAUAAUGGCAGAUGCUGUUUUGUUGGAAACCAGACCCAACUACCUUUCUCAAAUAUCAACAAUGUCAGCAAUAGGGCAGGGGUCUCUUUCUGCUUCUCUAAAAAAGCUCCAUUGAAGCUAGAUUCUUCUGCUUCAGUUUUCAAUGAGAACACUGAAGAUGGUAAUGAAUGCAGUGAAAACCUCAACCAUAAAUCCAAGCAAAUGUCUGUAAGCUUUGGACACUAUGCACACUUGGAGGAGGAUGCAACAGAAAACAGCAUGCUGAUAGACAAGGAACAAACAGACAAAGAGGAGAAUGUCCAAGUCUAUGGAACAGCAAAUGCAGAGAUAUUUGAUGAUGAUGACCAUAGCAGAAUCACAAAAGAACAAACUGAAAUUGGGCAAUUGGACGUACAAACACAUGUACUUCAAUCUUCAGAGAUAAGUUGUCUAGAAAAUUUGAAAGAGACAAAACUAGAAGAUUUUUCAAGGUCUGAUAUUACGUCUGAAAAUCCAGAGACAAAGCAAUGCCAGGAGAAAAGUGGUAUUCUAGAAAAAUGUUCCAACAAGCACACAGUUGCAGAUGCAAUAUUAAUAGAACAAUUAUCACAGCUACUUUCGCAGAAAUGUGAUGAACCUGAGCCAAGUGAUAAUUCAAAUGCAGAAUAUCAUGAUGCCUCUAAUAAUACUGUUGAGAUCCAGAAUGAAUAUCCAAAAGUGGAAUGCAAGGAGCCUUUAAAUAACAGUGCCCAAACCAUUGCUCUGUCAUGCCUUAAUGUUCUAAGCAAAGAUGGCAAUACUAAUCUGCAGUGGCCCAGAGAACUUGUUCUCUUUACAAAGACAGAGCCUUCUAUUUCAUAUGCCUGCAAUCCAUUGUAUUUUGAUUUUAAAUGUUCUCCAAAAAAUAAGAUUACGAAGGCAAAUGAAAGAGUUGCAAAAAACUGUGAGGAACAUGAUCAAUUUAAAAACAGCAAUGAGAAAAAUGCCUCAGGUAUUUCUGUAGCAAUGGCAAAUGGAAACGAUAGUCAAUCUUCAGAAGGAAAAAGAGAAGAACAUAUUUUAAAGGAAAUAUCUGAAAAAGAUUAUGAAUCACAUAGCAAUUACAGCUUAACUAAGGAACUUGCACAAAAGACAAACUUGUGUAAUUUGCAUGACAAUACAACCCAAAUUUCCACCCACCUUGAUGCUUCGCAGAAUUGUAUUUUUAAAGAAAGCUGUCAUUCACGAAAACGUAAAAGAUCAUUUCAUGGACAACUGGAAAAUAGAAAAUCUGUUCAUAACAGGGUUAAUUGUGAACAUAAUUCAUGUUCUAAAGAUUCAAAAAGUACAAGUUUUAAGUCUUUAAAUCUUGUCAAUCUGAAUACAAUUGAUAAUGGCGAAGAUAUACAUUUUUACAGUUCAGAAAUAAACCAAUGUAGAAAUCUUAAUGAAAUACAUCAACAUGCACCUAGCUGUCUGGUGGAAAGUAGUAGUGAUUACAGUAAGUAUUCUGACUCAGAGAGUAAUACAAAUUCUUUAAGAUAUAGAAGAUCUUCACAACUAUUAUCACAAAGCAAUGCACCUGUACAUUCAGAUUCUACAGAUUCUAGUAGAUGGUCAACAUGCAAACAUGGAAACAUUCUCAGACACAAGACAAGUCUUAGAAACACUUUGGAAAGACAAAACUGCAUUACAGAAAAGCUCAACAAUGAGGUAUCUUCUGAAAAUGACUGCAUGUCCCAUGAGUUUGAAAAGAAACAGAAAUAUAAAUCAAGAAAUGAAAAGCACAAAACAUGUCGAAAGAGUUCAAAAAACAAACUUUCAGAAUCACCAUUGUGUUCUAAAUAUGUCAGGAAUGUGCAUCGAUCUAAAAAAAGGUAUAAAAGUAGUAGAAAUGAUCAAAUACCAGAAGGAUCACAAGUGAAACAAAUAAACAGGUGUGAAGAUGUACAUUUUAAAUGUAAUAAUCUUAGUGAUUUUUCAAAAGAGAGAACUGUUGGAUCUCUAAAAAGUGUUCAGGAACAGGGAACUUUUAAUAAAAGUGAAACAAAGGAGACAUCAUAUAAAUGUUAUUCUGAAAAGGUUGUCUCUCUUACAGACAACGGCACAGAAAACACUUCAGAAAAAAUUGUGAAGCAUAUAAUAGUUAAUGAGAAGAAAACAUUAAUCGCUGAGUUGCUUUUAGAAAGAGGGCACUCCACAAAACAAGGGGAAAAGGAAAUUGCUUCUAGAGAAUAUUCAGAAGGUUGUAGUAUGAAAUUAAAGAAUCACUCUCAGAGAUACUUCUCAGUUCAAUUUCCCCAAUCAGUACAUGAUACAACAGCACUGACAAAUGUAAGUGCAAGUCACGAAGGCAACCUUCAUUAUGAUACAAGUCAGAUGCCAGAAAACAGGACUAGGAAUGGAAAACUAGAAACAUCAAAAAGUUACGAAGUUGCCGUUUCUACAAAUCUUAAUCAUUGUGUUUUUGAGGAUAUCAUCCAUAUAGGCAGAGAAUGUCGAACCUUGAAAACUGAGCAUCCGGUUUCUCUUGGGGAGCAAUCAAGACAAUUAAUUAAUGAAGUGCAACCUUUUAUGCAAAACUCUGACCCUAUUCCCUUCAAAUUCAAUUGUGAUUUAACCUCUGUAAGACAUUCGGGUGGAAUUGAUUCACCAGAGACCAAAGAACAUAAGAGACUGGGGCUACAUGAUGUAAAUAUGAACUCAAGCCCCCUUGAAGGAAACGGAAAAUGCUAUUAUGACAGUACUAUGCAGGACUUCAAUGUUGUGAACAAUCACCCAAGGUCACAUCAUAAAUCAGUAUCUCCUCCUAUAGCACAACCACCAAUAACAUUUUCACCAGAUGAGGUAGAUAAGUAUAGGCUAUUGCAGCUUCAGGCUCAGCAGCAUAUGCAGAAACAGCUAUUAUCAAAGCAUUUUAAAGCAUUACCUAACAAUGGACCAUCUGUUUAUUCAACUGCACAAGCUAUUCAGCCAGUUACGGUUCAACAGCAUCCUUCAAUCACCACAAUACACCAUGCCCUCAUGCAGCGUUAUGCAGUCACUGCUUCCAUGCAUUCACAUGUUAAUCAUCUCCCACUGACGCAUCUCAAUCAUUUUCCCCAAACACAAUUUCCUCCCAUAACCCUUUCUUCACUAACACCAACUCUAUUCCAACCACAUCCAACAUUCCUUGCUGGUCACCCUCUACAUUUAGUGUCUGCAACAGCCAUUCACCCUGCCCACCUGACUAUCCAAGCAAUUCCACACACAGCCCUAGUCCCUGCAAUCUUUAGCCCACAUCCAAAUGUAGGAGUACAUCCUGCUAUACAACUACAUCCUUUUAUUCACCCAUUAUUUCAAGGGCAUGAUUUUCAUCUUCAUUCUGGUCCAAAUCCAUCUCAUUAACAUUUUGAUGCACAAAAUGUAGAACUAUGUAAGGGCACACUUUGCAAAUUACACUCUUAUUAGUUCAGAUUUUUAAAAAAUAUUUCUUGACUACAACUUAUUGUCUCAAGCGCAAAUAUUUAGGCCUUUGAAAUGAUUACAUAUUGUUUAAAAAUAUUGAGAAAUAACAAAUUAAACUCUCUAGCAAGUAAAUGAAAAUAUAAUUUUUAGAGUCACCAAAACAUCAAUUUAAAAAAAAAAAAUUGCCUCCAUACGGCUAUCUAAUUAUUGGUUAGAAGUAUUUUU